AUGAGUACCGAGGAGCAACAGUUCGAGGACGAGAGCCAGGCUGGAGGGCCUGGUGCUCCUACACCCGUCUCUGCGCUCGAGGGCGUGAACGGUCUGACUGCACGAGACAUUAAGCUUGUAAUUGAAGGCGGCUUCAAUACUGUCGAGGCGAUUGCAUACACACCACGACGAGCGCUGGAGCAGAUCAAAGGCAUUUCAGAACAGAAGGCGUCGAAGCUGCUGGCUGAGGCGUCUAAACUCGUACCAAUGGGUUUCACCACAGCAACUGAGAUGCACCAACGACGAAGUGAGCUCAUCUCAAUCACAACCGGAUCGAAGCAGCUAGACACGCUGUUGGCUGGUGGUAUCGAGACCGGCUCUAUCACAGAGAUUUUUGGCGAGUUCAGAACGGGAAAGAGCCAGAUCUGCCACACACUGGCGGUAACAUGCCAGUUGCCUUUUGACAUGGGUGGUGGUGAAGGCAAGUGUCUAUACAUCGAUACCGAAGGCACUUUCCGUCCUGUGCGCUGUCUGGCCGUGGCUAAUCGAUUCGGUCUGUCUGGUGAAGAGGUCUUGGACAAUGUGGCGUAUGCACGAGCCUACAACUCCGACCACCAGCUGGAGCUGCUCAAUCAGGCCGCACAGAUGAUGACCGAGACACGGUUUUCCUUGCUCAUCGUCGAUUCUGCAACAUCACUCUAUCGUACGGACUUUUCUGGACGUGGCGAGCUCUCGAGUCGACAGACGCAUCUGGCAAAGUUUAUGCGAACAUUACAGCGCCUUGCGGAUGAGUUUGGUAUCGCCGUUGUCAUCACAAACCAAGUCGUCGCACAAGUAGAUGGUGGACCAAGUGCCAUGUUCAACCCGGAUCCGAAAAAGCCUGUCGGCGGAAACAUCAUCGCACACGCAAGUACAACACGUCUCAGUUUGAGGAAGGGUAGAGGAGAGACGCGAGUGUGCAAGAUCUACGACAGUCCCUGCUUGCCUGAGAGUGAUUGUUUGUUUGCAAUCAACGAAGACGGCAUUGGCGACCCCAAGGAAAAGGAUCUCGAGGAGAGGAACAACAGGUGA